AUGGAUAAUAAUGCAGAGAGUCCAACCAGUAACAAGGAAGUUAAAUCGUGUGCGUUCAAAGUUGAAAAGCCGAAAUUGCCGAAGUUCAGUGGAGAUGUAAGAGACUACGUAAUGUUUCGGGCUGAUUACAAGCAUGUUGUUGAAUCACAGUACAGCGAGAGAGAUGCAAUAACAAUACUACGGGCAAGUCUUCAAGGAAAACUACUAGAACUGAUUAAGGGUAUACGAUGUGAUUACAAAGCAGCAUGGGAGUAUCUCGACUCAAUUUAUGGAGAUCCACGAUUCAUAGCAGACACAAUUACGCAAGACAUAUCCAAGUUCAAAGCACUUCAGGAUGGCGAAGACGCUCGGUUUUGUGAACUGGUCAACCUAGUUAACAGAGUGUUACAACACACUUAA